CAGUGAUUACGUACAGAGCGAGUCCCUGCGGGUUAGGGGCCCCCUCUGGAGCCAUCCUGAUGGCUUUGGGGGCCUUGCUUCCAUUUUCCAUUAUUAUGUGGACUACCGGAGCGACAGCGCAGUCCAAGACCUUGCAGGAUGUCUCGCCGCAAGCAAGCGAAACCGAGAUCCCUCAAAGACCCCAACUGUAAACUUGAAGACAAGACCGAAGAUGGAGAGGCAAUAGACGGUAAGAAGAGGCCGGAAGACGGAGAGGAGUUGGAAGACGAAGCUGUGCACAGCUGUGACAGCUGCCUCCAGGUGUUCGAAUCACUGAGCGAUAUCACAGAACACAAGAUUAAUCAAUGUCAGCUGACAGAUGGAGUGGAUGUUGAAGAUGAUCCCACUUGCUCUUGGCCAGCUUCCUCACCAUCCAGCAAGGACCAGACUUCCCCUAGCCAUGGAGAAGGGUGUGAUUUUGGAGAGGAAGAAGGCGGCCCUGGACUCCCAUAUCCAUGCCAAUUCUGUGACAAGUCGUUUAGCCGCCUCAGCUACCUAAAGCACCAUGAGCAGAGUCACAGUGACAAACUGCCUUUCAAAUGCACCUAUUGCAGUAGGCUGUUCAAACACAAGCGGAGCCGAGAUCGCCAUAUCAAACUCCACACAGGGGACAAGAAGUACCACUGCAGUGAAUGUGAUGCUGCGUUCUCCAGAAGUGAUCACUUGAAGAUCCACUUAAAGACUCACACGUCCAACAAGCCAUAUAAAUGUGCCAUUUGUCGCCGUGGCUUCCUGUCCUCUAGUUCCUUACAUGGACACAUGCAGGUUCACGAGAGGAACAAGGACGGUUCCCAGUCCGGUUCCAGGAUGGAGGACUGGAAGAUGAAGGACACUCAGAAGUGCAGUCAGUGCGAGGAAGGCUUUGACUUCCCAGAAGACCUCCAGAAGCAUAUUGCCGAGUGCCACCCUGAAUGCUCCCCAAAUGAGGACCGAGCAGCCCUCCAGUGUGUCUACUGCCACGAGCUCUUUGUAGAGGAGACCUCCCUCAUGAACCACAUGGAGCAGAUGCACGGCGGGGAGAAGAAGAACUCUUGCAGCAUUUGUUCUGAGAGUUUCCACACAGUUGAGGAACUGUACAGCCACAUGGAUAGUCACCAGCAACCCGAGUCCUGCAAUCACAGCAACAGCCCUUCCCUGGUCACGGUGGGCUACACCUCUGUGUCCAGCACGACUCCAGAUUCCAACCUCUCAGUGGACAGCUCAACCAUGGUGGAAGCUGCCCCGCCAAUCCCAAAGAGUCGAGGGAGAAAGAGGGCUGCCCAGCAGACCCCUGACAUGACUGUGCCCUCGAGUAAACAAGCAAAAGUUACCUACAGCUGUAUUUACUGCAACAAGCAGUUAUUUUCAAGUCUGGCAGUUCUGCAGAUUCAUCUGAAAACUAUGCAUUUAGAUAAGCCCGAACAGGCCCAUAUUUGUCAGUAUUGCUUGGAGGUAUUGCCCUCACUCUAUAACCUAAAUGAACAUCUUAAGCAAGUGCAUGAAGCUCAGGACCCAGGUCUGAUUGUUUCUGCCAUGCCCGCCAUAGUCUACCAGUGUAACUUCUGCUCUGAAGUUGUCAACGACCUCAACACUCUUCAGGAACACAUCCGAUGUUCUCACGGAUUUGCAAACCCUGCAGCUAAGGACAGCAACGCGUUCUUUUGCCCCCAUUGCUACAUGGGGUUUCUCACUGACUCUUCCCUUGAAGAGCAUAUAAGACAGGUCCAUUGCGACCUCAGUGGCUCCCGAUUUGGGUCUCCAGUGCUUGGGACUCCAAAAGAACCAGUAGUAGAAGUGUAUUCUUGUUCCUAUUGUACGAAUUCUCCAAUAUUCAACAGCGUUCUUAAACUGAACAAGCAUAUCAAAGAGAAUCAUAAAAACAUUCCCUUGGCCCUGAAUUAUAUUCAUAAUGGGAAAAAAUCCAGGGCCUUGAGCCCCCUCUCUCCUGUGGCCAUAGAGCAGACAUCUCUUAAGAUGAUGCAGGCAGUGGGAGGUGCGCCUGCACGUCCGGCUGGAGAAUAUAUCUGUAAUCAGUGUGGUGCUAAGUACACAUCCCUAGACAGCUUUCAGACUCACCUAAAAACUCAUCUGGACACUGUGCUUCCGAAAUUGACCUGUCCUCAGUGCAACAAGGAAUUCCCCAACCAAGAAUCCUUGCUGAAGCACGUUACCAUUCAUUUUAUGAUCACCUCAACGUAUUAUAUCUGCGAGAGUUGUGAUAAGCAGUUCACAUCAGUGGAUGACCUUCAGAAACACCUGCUGGACAUGCACACCUUUGUCUUCUUCCGCUGCACCCUCUGCCAAGAAGUUUUUGACUCAAAAGUCUCCAUUCAACUUCACUUGGCUGUAAAACACAGUAACGAAAAGAAAGUCUACAGGUGCACGUCUUGCAACUGGGACUUCCGCAAUGAGACCGACUUGCAGCUCCACGUGAAACACAACCACCUGGAAAAUCAAGGGAAAGUGCACAAGUGCAUUUUCUGUGGCGAGUCCUUUGGCACUGAGGUGGAGCUUCAGUGCCACAUCACCACUCACAGUAAGAAGUACAACUGUAAGUUCUGCAGCAAAGCCUUCCAUGCCAUCAUUUUGCUGGAGAAACACUUGCGGGAAAAGCAUUGUGUGUUUGAAACCAAGACUCCCAACUGUGGAGCAAAUGGGGCUUCUGAACAAGUGCAGAAGGAGGAAGUGGAGCUGCAGACCUUGCUGACCAACAGCCAAGAGUCCCACAACAGUCAUGACGGGAGCGAAGAAGAUGUGGACACCUCGGAGCCUAUGUAUGGGUGUGACAUUUGUGGGGCAGCCUACACGAUGGAAACUCUGCUGCAGAACCACCAGCUCCGAGACCACAACAUCAGACCUGGAGAAAGUGCCAUCGUGAAGAAGAAAGCCGAGCUCAUUAAAGGGAAUUACAAGUGUAACGUGUGCUCUCGAACCUUCUUCUCGGAAAAUGGCCUACGUGAACACAUGCAGACCCACCUAGGCCCUGUCAAACACUACAUGUGCCCUAUUUGUGGAGAGCGGUUUCCCUCCCUCUUAACUCUUACCGAACACAAAGUCACCCACAGUAAGAGUCUCGAUACUGGAAACUGCCGGAUUUGCAAGAUGCCUCUGCAGAGUGAAGAGGAGUUUUUAGAGCAUUGCCAAAUGCAUCCUGACUUGAGGAAUUCCCUCACAGGAUUUCGCUGCGUGGUCUGCAUGCAGACAGUGACCUCCACCUUAGAACUCAAAAUCCAUGGGACAUUCCACAUGCAAAAGACAGGGAAUGGGUCUGCGGUUCAGACCACAGGGCGUGGCCAGCACGUCCAAAAACUGUACAAGUGCGCAUCUUGCCUCAAAGAAUUCCGUUCCAAGCAAGAUCUGGUGAAACUUGACAUCAACGGCCUGCCAUAUGGUCUGUGUGCUGGCUGUGUGAAUCUCAGUAAGAGCGGCAGCCCAGGCAUCAACAUCCCUCCCGGCACGAAUAGACCAGGCUUGGGCCAGAAUGAGAAUCUGAGUGCCCUUGAGGGAAAAGGCAAGGCAGGGGGACUGAAGACUCGCUGCUCUAGCUGCAACGUUAAGUUUGAGUCUGAAAGUGAACUCCAGAACCACAUCCAAACGGUCCACCGAGAGCUCGUGCCAGAUAGCAAUAGCACACAGUUGAAAACUCCGCAAGUAUCGCCAAUGCCCAGAAUCAGUCCCUCCCAGUCGGAUGAGAAGAAGACCUAUCAGUGCAUCAAGUGUCAGAUGGUUUUCUACAAUGAAUGGGAUAUUCAGGUUCAUGUUGCAAAUCACAUGAUUGAUGAAGGACUGAACCAUGAAUGCAAACUCUGCAGCCAGACCUUCGACUCCCCUGCCAAACUCCAGUGCCACCUGAUAGAGCACAGCUUUGAAGGGAUGGGUGGCACCUUCAAGUGUCCCGUCUGUUUUACAGUGUUUGUUCAAGCAAACAAGUUGCAGCAGCAUAUUUUCUCUGCCCAUGGACAAGAAGACAAGAUCUACGACUGCACACAAUGUCCACAGAAGUUUUUCUUCCAAACAGAGCUUCAGGAAUAAUAUGAAUCACAUCGCACAGCGUUUUUGUGGUGACAACUAUAGUGUUCCCAUCUAUCGUGUCAAUCAGUCCUCCAGUCAACCCAGUAUCCUGUAACAGGUCUCUCUUCUGACCAACAGCAAGAACCUCACUCCAAAAUUUUGAAAAAUGCCUGGGGUAAACAGUCUGCUGUUAUCGCCUCUGGAGAGAUUCACCUUAAGAGAUUUCAACCUAAGAUCAUUUUCUCUUAUCCCUCCCUGGAUUUCCAUUCUCACAGUUUUUGAAAGCUUACCCUGUUCUCUUAGAAGCAAAACCUUAGCACAGCUUUGGGCUUGGGAGAGGAGAAACUCUGAACAGGAAAGGAGUCUUUCAUUAUUGGCCUCGCUCAAGAUCUCAAUGCCGAGCGCAACCUGUGUGUAACACCUGCUUUCUCAGAGGUGUGGAGCUGUAUACAGGCUUCUGGAUUGUUUUCGCAUUGCAUUCCAAAAAAACGAUUUUGAGAAGUAUGCUGACAGUUCAGCAUGAAAUGAUGUGUGUUCUGACACAGACUGUAUUGUAGCUAGGAAUCUAGCCUGAAGUGAUUUUACUGUAGCAUUUCUUUGAUUCUUUGGUUCAGGGCAGAAGAAGAAUUUUCCUUAAAAGUGUGUGUUUUAGGAUGUGACAAUAACUUCUCUCCAGUGCUGUGCGUGGAUUCAGCAGAUUGUUUCCACUUAACCCAUAUAAUUGCUUUCUUUCUUGAGGACCGAGGUUAAGGGGAAAAAAGUUUUUUUAUGUUAGUUUUUCAACAACUUUGGUGAGUCUGAAAUAUAUACCCAAGUAAAUGGGAACUGUAAUAGUGGUGUGUUCAGAAUCAAUCUCCUUUGCAGACCCGGAAAGGAACAUUGAAAAGCGUUCAUUUAGGUACUGCCAGAUGUAUUUCUGCAUGUGAGGUGGAGGCCGAACCACUUUGAAUGAUUUUCAGUGUUAUUAAGCAGACUCAGGAGCAACAGGCCUCAUGACAGGAGUCAAGAGCCAUGUGGCAGAAGUCCUGGGUGAAGGGAAGUUGCACAGCAAACCACGUCGUCGGAAAGAGAAGCACCCAAUGCAGACUUUAUUUGAACAUCUGAGUUAACAACUCUCUGGGAAUAUUUCUCUUCCUCUUGUCCAGCUCCUUCUGUGUUGUGGCUGGUGUGCAUUUGUGUUUGAAGUGCCAGGCGGUUUAAUGAAGUUAUUCUUUUAUAAAUUUUGCAACACUGAAGCAAGCAUGAGGGCUUUAAAUUAGAAUAAGUACCACUUCUGUAUGGCAGGUUCCUUUGAGGACUGAUUAGAAUGAGGCCUCCCGUCGCCCGGCCCUUUAUGCAUGGCAGUGUGGCUGUGUGGACUUGUUUAUAGCCCACCUUUGAAUUUGCAUGAGUAUGCACCAUGCCUGCUGCCUGGCCCUCUGUUACUCAAAGCUUUCUUUCUUCCAGGAUCAUGUUGAAUACUUCACUUUAAAGAGUUAUUUUUUUAAUUAUAUUGCUUUAUUGUAAUGAAUUAAAAUUAACUUGGAGUAGCAAAUUAUAUAAGGAUGUGAGGGUUAUAGAUUACUCUCACCAUAGCUACAGCACAUCUUUGUGUGGAGAACUAAAGGGCUGCCUUUCUAGUAGUUCUGCAGCAUGAGGGGUGAGGACACACAGACCUAGGAGCAAUGCCCGAAGAGGUGCCCCGGGAGUGGAGGAGAGGGGGAGUGAAAAGGAUGGGUUUCUGAAGCCAGAAGAGGCUCUUCUUGGCUAGAUGGUGGGUUGGGGGAAGCUCUGCCAUUUUAAGACCUGAAAGAUUCUGAGACAAGAGGAGAUGAUGGACGAGAGAAUACAAAUAUAUCUUGAGACCUGACAAGGUUCGGUACAGGAUAAGAAAGACACUUAAGCGUACCUGAUUUCUUCUCUUUGUGCCUGUGUGAACUGGCUUGAUAAACAGGGGUGAUUUCAGGAGAUGAGGAGGCAGGAGAUUGUUAAAGAAAGGGGACUUGAAACUUUCUACAGUACAUAAAAACAUGCAGGGAAAGGGGAAAGAAAAGAAAGCAAGCAAGAAAAAAAAAAAAAAAAAACCCACCAAACUUUGAGUUUGGAAAUUUUAUCUCUUCUCUCCAAACCCGGAUUUUUUUUUUUUUUAAUUUAAAGUGAGAGACACCCAAAAAUAAUUGAGCCUGUGAAAUGUUUGCAUUUUCAAAGGACUUAGAAUUUAAAACAAGGGCUACUCGGAGGCUCCUUUAGUUGCAUUCUUCAUGCAGGAACAUGAGCCCUGAGGGACAGAACGAUCAAAGGCAGACACGAGGAUUUUACCUGUAGAACCCACGCACGUGUGUAACUCUUUCCCCUUCUCCACAGCGCAUGCUCUUGUGCUUAGGCAUGGAUGUGCACAUGUGCACACAUGCUCAUGCACACACAGUCAUACUUAACACAGUUCAAUUAUGUAAAUCAAUACAUUGUCCUUUCACAGUUUUAUUCUUUUUAUGUAUAUUUACUAAAGCAAAUGCCGUGGUAGACAAGUCUUUGGUUACUUAUGAUGGGGAAAGAUUUUUUUAUAAAGAUUUAUAACAUGUUUGACUUACUCAAUGUGAGUUUACCUCCUAGAGAGUGUGGCAGUGUUUUGAGUAUAAGAAAGAAUACAGUAUAGAGAAGUGGCAUUUCUUUUUGCUUGUUGCCAAAGUUCAAUACACUAUUUUUCAUAAUUAUUGGAAUUUGGUUGAAGGGAAUCCUUGUUCAUAUCAAGUGGAAAAGCAGAGAGAGUCUUUGCUCCCUCCUUCUCCCUACAAAGGUUACCCUUUGAAUAUAAAUUACCACGCCUUGUGCUUCUCCCAUUCUAAUCAGAUGACCUUUUGAAUCUAGCGGCCCAGAGUUUAAAUCCUAAGCCUGCCAGUCAGUUUCUAAAUCAAUGCCCUGUUCCAACAGCUUUCCGGUACAUAACUUUAAAUUUCAAUGGAUUUCAAAACAGAAACGAAAUAGGUAAUGCUGGUGGAAUCUUGCAGCUCAUGUGAAACAACCCAACGUGACUGCAAGAUCUUGGGCCAAGUAAUGUGACUAUGGGUAAUUUCACUAACUAAAUCCUUCUUGAAAAAAAAAAACCCCUCUGGGAUUAAAAAUCUAAGAGAAAAGGGAGGAGCAGAAAAUUUGUAACGUUUGCAAGAGGACAUUUCUGAGCAAUUAUCAAUUUAAGCUCCCAUUAUUUGCUGCUAAUUACUACACAAGGCUGUUAAAUAUUUAGCAGAAGUUUGUUUAAUUGCGUUUGACUCAGAAGGAGAUGCCUGAAUACGGCUUGAGCAUCAAGAGCCAGUUGUGUGCACUACGAGCCAGGCAGAAAGGAAAUUUGUAUUCGCCCAAGAUGAACACAUUACAGUGUCAGACAAGCAGCCUUUUUUUCUUCCCUCCACAGAUUUAUUUAUCUUUAAGGUAUCUAAAAUUAGAGCACGAAGAAGGGGCACUGUUCACGGAUGUAAAAUUGGAAGGAGGUCAUUCUUAACCUUGUUUACAGAUGUUCUAGUUUAGAAAGCACCAGUGUGAUAAAUUAAACAUUACAGGGGGAAAAAUUAAAGCUUAGCAACAACUGGCACAUGGACACAUCUGUCUGUGAAGCACUGACUUAAUCCCUGAAUAUCUUAUUAGACUGUAUUGCUAUCAAAGCCUUCUGUCCCACAAUACGCUGGGAUCCUGCAAUUCCAGAAUCUGAACAGAAUCUUUAAGUUCUAGGCUCUCUUUCACUUUUGCUGGGUUUGUAUAGUUUGAUUUAAAUUUUCUGUUGGCUCCCUCCAUGUAAACAGGUAGCUCAAUUCAUUGUUUUCUUUUAAAAUAAACAUUAUACUUUUAAUAUA